UCAAACGUGGCUUGUGUUCUUGGCUUUAGUUUAAAUUAAACAUAAAAAUCGUAUUUUUUUGUAAGCGCUAUUUAUAUAAACAUUUUAAUGAAAUUUUACUAAAAAAAGAAUCAGUUAAUUUUUUUGGUUUUGUUUAUGGAAUUAUGAAAAACUUCUAGUAAUUAAAAAAUCUGGACACAAAAAUGGCUCAAAAGUAUGAAUAUUCCUACAAGGACACAGAUUUACCAUUUUGGCUCGAUGAAUUAACUAAAGACGUGAAAGAGACUCAUAUAAAUGAAUCACUAAAUGAUCCCAUUUAUGAGCCAUAUAAUCUGAAAUAUGAUUACGGAACAGAUAAUCAAAGGACUCGAAGAACGUCAUUAGAUCUAGAUUUGCUAUUGAAGUCUGAAUCGAAACCUAUAGCACACUCAGCGGGAACGUUACGAUACAAUCAAAACAAUGGUUAUAAACAAAAUGGAAGAAGAAAGAAUUUCACAAGUAAAACGGAAUGGGGAGAAGCAAAAGAUGAGAUAAACAACGAUUUCCUAACUGAUCUUUUACCACACUAUGUUACACCACGCCACAAGAGAAUGAGUUUGGACAACGACUUUAAUGACGUCAUUGUCGGGCCGCGACUUCAAAACGCAUCAAAAAACCUUAAUAAAUUUACGAAUGAUACAAAGGUAACUAAUACAAAAUCAAAUUAUACGAAAGCGAGUUUAGAGGUUGAUAGGAAAAGUGAAUUUGUGAUACCUGAGACACCUGAGGGACGAUUGUUGGAGAUGAAAAUAUAUUCCAAUUGGGGUGACAAAUAUUUGGUUGGAUUAAAUGGUAUUGAAUUGUUCGAUUGUGAAGGUGAACCGGUAAUAAUUGAUAAAAUUUGGACUGAUUCAGACACCGGUGACCACUCAAAGUUUGGUCACAUAGAGAAUAUAAUAGAUGGUGUGGUACGAACAAGAGAUGAUAAACACACGUGGAGUGCGCCUGCGCCUCAAGGAUUGCCCAUUGCUUUGACCGUUCUAUUGGCUAAAACCACGAAAUUGGCUUUGCUUAGAAUUUGGAAUUACAAUAAAUCGCGAAUAUACUCAGCUCGCGGUGUUCGUUUGGUUCAAAUAAAGUUGGACGACCAAGUUAUAUUCCAAGGAGAGAUAGCAAGAGCAAGCGGUGAACUCAAAGGAAACCUACCCACACUAGGAGACACAAUUCUCUUCACGAAAGACGUGGCGAUGUUGGAAGCGAUUUUUGAAAAUGAUAAAAAUUUUCAAUCAUUACUCAAAGACAACGAUCCUUUAGUUGAAUUAAACACAGCUGACCGUCCACCUACAGCUAAUGAUAGUAAAAAUAAUCUACCAAAUGUUAUAGAAGAACCAAAAGCUCCCGAAGAAAAUGAAUAUUUGGCAAAGGAGAUAAAGUUGACUUUAAUGUCAAAUUGGGGUCAAAAAAAUUUGAUCGGAUUAACAGGCAUUGAUAUUCUACAUAAUAAUACACCUAUAGACAUAAUUCGGAGUUAUGCCUAUACAACGUACGCAGCUGACGAUAAAAAGCUUGAAUAUGGAUUUAUUGAUUGUAAAAAUCUCUUCAAUGGAAGAAAUAUAACAACCGAGUUUGACGAUAUGUGGUGUACAAAUUUUACGCCUGAAUCUAAAUUUUGUCAUAUUGUCAUGGAGCUACCCGACCACACUAAGGUAACUGGAAUUCGUAUAUGGAACUACAACGCUAACAUGGAAUUAUCGUAUAUCGGUGUGAAAGACUUACGCGUAACACUAGAUGGCGCUUUACUAAAUCAACGACCGAUUCUAUUACGGCGUGCGCCUGGCGAUACAUUUUACGAUUAUUUGCAACAUAUAGAUCUCUCUUCAAUGGAUGACAGGAUAAAUAACGCUGACAAUUUAGACCGUGCGUUUGAAAGUAAUUUGAACUCGGGUGCUCCGACAGGUUUUGUUUUGCAAUUGAAUAUAUUUUCAACUUGGGGUGAUCCGUACUAUGUUGGCCUAACUGGGGUAGAACUUUAUGAUCCUCAAGGAAACUUAAUCGAAGUUACUGAAAGUAAUGUUUGCGCUCAGCCGGCAAGUGUAAAUGUUCUCGAUAGUGUCGCUAGGGAUGUGCGCACGCCGAGUAAACUUGUCGAUGGUCACAACUCUAAUGCAGCUGAUGGACAGCACUCUUGGCUGGCCCCUAUUCUUCCAGAAACUCUUAACAGAGUUUUCUUCGUUUUCGAUGCUCCCGUAUCUGUUUACGGUAUGAAAAUUUGGAAUUAUGGUAAAACGCCAACUCGAGGUGUUAAGGAAUUUGGGGUACUAAUAGAUGAUUUGUUAAUUUUUAAUGGAAGUCUAGAAAUGGUCAAAGGUGAUACGGUAGCUCCGCAGUGGAUUUGUUUCCAAGAUGUCGAUGUUGAGAAUUUGACACCGAGCCCAUCGGAUGCAAGUCAACUAACAACGACAAGUGGUUCAUCAAAAUCUGUGGAUCAAAACGACAGACCGUACACGAGCGUAUACGCAGUGCGAGCGAGAAAAUAUCUUUAAUUUUAGGUGAAUUGUGUGUUUCGUAUGUGUGUUGUAAUAUUCAGACAUAAUAAUGGAGUCUAGCGUCUAUCAUAUAGAUAGACAAUGUUUUUAAAUUACUACAAGAAGCAACUUGAUCAAAAUGAAUGAUCCUAAAAUUUAACCCAUUUUCAUAAACCAAUAUAAACACAGUUUUAACUAAAGCAAACGUCUCCUUCUGUAAUAUAGCGCGCGUUAAACAAGAUAACAUUUUUUAUGCAAAUAUCUGUCAUAAUUUACGUGGUUUUCGUGAUGUUUAUAACCUUCAAACUCAUGAUAGACUACACUAAACUAGGGGCUUGAGACAUCUUGUCACAUUUCGACAGGCGUGACCCACUAACGCUUAACGAGUUUGUAUGGAAAGCGUCACGUGAUAAAGCGUGAGCUGUCAUUGUCAUAAUGUGAGCUAAAGUCAAAAAUGGUUAACUCUUUAAUGGUUUCGUCAAGUAAUUCAAUAGGAUAAAUUUAGUAUUUGACAGUUCGAGAGAAUCGACUAUUCGAACGAUGCUUGUUUAUGCUUUAGUUCCGAUUACUCCAGGGGUUUGAGAUAAUAUCAUUUUGUGACAAUCGUGACCAACUCACUCCUAACGAAUUUGUAUGGGAAUGACAUUAGCUCACGAGCUAUUCUCAAAUUCUCUAGGCGUAUAUAAAAAAUAUAUAGUUUUUUUUCGAUCAUAUCAAUUUACUUAUUGUUCGUGCUUUUAUUAGUAAAAGAAACUAGACUGAAUUUGUUUUUGUACAUGUCAUAUGGUGGAAAUUGUGAAUCUUAGUAGACUGCACUCACGCCAAAUAUCUAGAAUAAUUUAUUUCCAAUGUUAUCACUUGUUGACUGUAGAGCGCUUGUAAACAUCAUAAGAAUUGUUUUAUGUGGUUCGUGUAAAUUUUAUACAGAAAUAAAGGUAUUUUGUAUG